CCUCACAACGAAAUUACCAGUAAGAUAUCAAAUAGCUUCUCUUUCUUUUCUCUAGAUCCCAAUUUUCAUCCCGAUAAUCUUCUUUUUCCCUAUACCGUUCAAUUUUUCUGUUCCUUAGCCCUAAUUCUACCUUUGGGUUGUGAGUUUUGAUCUUGUUUCUACUCCAAUGGCUACUGAGGAACCGGUGGUGCCGGUGGAGUCUGCGGCUGAGCCGAACAACGUCGAACAAGCGGAAGAAAAUCCGGUGAACAAAGCUGCGAAGUCGAAGAAAUCCAAAGAACCCAAAGAGAAGAAACCUGCUGCUCGUAAAAAAACUAGAAAUCCCCCAACUCAUCCUCCAUAUGAAGAGAUGGUAAAGGAUGCGAUUGUUACGUUGAAGGAGAGGACUGGUUCGAGUCAGUAUGCGAUCACUAAGUUCAUUGAAGAGAAGCAGAAGCAGCUUCCACCGAACUUUAAGAAGAUUUUGUUGUUCCAUUUGAAGAAACUUGUGGCUUCCGAGAAGUUGGUGAAGGUUAAGGGCUCGUUCAAGCUCAAACCACAGUCGGCAAGUGUGAAACCUGCUGCUCCUGCGAAGAAGAAGCCUGUAGCUGCUAAGCCGAAGUCUAAAGCUGUGGCUAAGCCCAAGGCUGUGGCUAAAUCUCCUGCGAAGCCGAAAGCAGCUGCAAAGCCGAAGCCUAAGACGGCUGCUAAACCCAAGGUUGCUCCUAAACCUAAGCCUGCUACAGCCAAGUCAAAGAGCAGUGCUGUUGCAAAGCCCAAAGCUGCAGCAAAGACUAGAGCUGCUCCCAAGCCGAAAGCCAAGGAGAGGCCGGCCAAGGUUGCAAGGACAUCGACGAGAACCUCACCAGGGAGGAAGGCACCAGCUCCGAAACCGGCAGUGAAGAAGGCGCCGGCGGUGAAGAAGGCUCCGGCGAAAAGUGUCAUGGCUAAGAAAGUGAAAUCUCCGGCGAAAAAGGCUCUGGCUAAAAGAGGAAGGAAGUAAAGGAGGUAGACUGUGGCGGCGGUCCUGUAAAUCCGUAAUCCUUGUGGGUGUAUAGACCCUUACAUGCCGUUCUAUAGAGGAGUUUACUUCAGAGUUUUCUAAUUUUACUGUUAUUUGUUUAUUUGUAGACUUUUUUUUUUUUUUUACUCCAAGUUGGUGUAUCUCUCAGCCUAGUUUUUAAUGGAAAUUCUGUGAUCAAUUAGGAGCGUUGAUUUCAGUUCUCUACCUAUGAUUUCUAUGGGCAUUCCGACUGCAUCAAUAUCAGGAAACGUUUCAUUUCCCUUUACGCUCGAA